UCACGAAUGCAAUUUGCAAACAGAAAGAGAGAGGAAAAGUGAGUCUAUUCUUUUUGUUUCUCUUUCUCUUUUCUUUUCCUUGUUUUUUAUUUUCUGCGGAAAUUAAUUUUAUAUGGAAAUUAAACAAAACGAAAAAAAGAAAGAAAGAAAAAACUCCUAAAAAUGAGCACUGAAGAAGCAAAGAGAAGCAUCAACGGAGCUCUGACGUUGAAACCGACAACCGACGAACGGAAGCCUUCUCCGCUGCUUUCGUCGGAGUCGGCUACUUCACCGGCCAAGAAAGUCAUCAUCAAAAGCGCCGACAUGAAGGACGACAUGCAAAAAGAAGCUGUCAAUAUAGCCAUCUCCGCAUUUGAGAAGAACAAUGUAGAGAAAGAUGUAGCAGAGCACAUAAAGAAGGAAUUCGAUAAGAGAUAUGGACCCACUUGGCAUUGCAUCGUUGGUCGCAAUUUUGGUAACCCAAUUUUCCAUUUGGAUUUGAUUUAUUUAUGCUCUAUUUUUAUUGUUAUCAAAAUUUCAAUUCUAAUGGCUUACAAAUUCCUUUCUUUUAAGUGAUGCUGUUCUUAUUAUUGAAAUUGGAGGAGAUCUAGGCUUAAAUAAGAUGUAAUUUCCAUGUGCAUUGACUGCCAUCAAUGCUAUAGAUGUUAGAUUGGAUUGUGUUGAGCUUAGGCCUUCUGUUUUUGGAGUGUAAGGUGACUGUAGUUUUUCCAUUAUUAUCGAAUUUCUACGUUAAGAUCACAAAUAUUUUUAGUAGAUUGAUUGCUUUUGAUGAGAGGGACUACUCCAUCUUUAAGUCUCAAAUUUUAUCUGGUUAUUCGAUGAAGGACUAGUAACUUUUAUGUUCAAUCAAGGAUCUCAGCUUUAGUAACACUGCUUUAAACAAAUUCUUAACGCUAUCCCAUACGCAAUUCAUAGGGGUAGUAUGGCCAUUGAUUUCAUAGAGGGGGUUUCAUAAUGGUUGAGCAUGGCCAUUGGCUAUGCUUGGAUUUGGUCAGAUGGGCUAAUAUUCAUCAACGUGCUUAAUUACCUAUUUUGUACCUCCAAUGGCCAUGUUACGGAUUCUGUUUACAUUUAGUUGAUGGCAUUAAGAUUGGACCUCUAUUUCAUAUUGUAUGUCAGAUGUAAUAUAUGUUUUCUAUUGAAUAAGAAAGUGGUUAGAGCUUGGACACUUUCAGCUUGGAGAUCUCAAGCUCAAAAGUUUGGAUUUGAGGAAGCAGAGGAGGGGUGGGCGGGAUGAUAUUCUUGGAUGGAAUAUGGCUACGUCCCUUUGAAUAACCCAAGGCUAGUAGACCUCCAUCGAUACCAAAAGGAAAAAGUUUGGGUGCUAAAAUGGAAGUGCAGAAGGAAAACUUUUGUAUCUAUUUAUGCAGUAAAGUUUGAGUGCUGAAUUUGAAAUGGAGGUUCUUGCCUCUUGUCAUACCUGACAAUUGGUAUUUACCUGAUGAUUAUAGAUGUAUGAGUAAUCCUCUUUUGACCAUAACUUCAGUGAGAUAUAUUAUAAGCUGCUUAACCAUUGGGACAAAAUAAAUUGAUUUGUGUUCUGAAUGAGUUUCAGCUGCCUUCAGUCUGUGACUACACCUUUUUGGAUCAUAAACCACCUAUUUACUUGCAUCAUCAAUCGGACGCUCAUUAGUAAAAAAGCGCAGUAUAUGAGUGAUAUGUAUAUUACAUACAUAUGGAGCAUGUAACAAUACCAUGUUAGAAAUUAAUUCAAGUAGAGCUUUGGUCAUUUGGUAUGAUUACAAUCUACAUUGGCAUGCACCCUCUUCAUCAUAUAUGUUUAUGUGGACAAUAUUCUCUAGAUGACAAAUCAUAGUGCUACAAUUUUGAAAGAGGCAGUUUUAACUCUUCUUAAAUAUCACCUAAUUUCGUCUGCUACAAUCUUGGGAAUUCAUUGGUUGUUUAACCAAAUCAUGUUCUCUUUGGGGCAUUGUGCCUUGCUCAUCCAGAUUUUGUGGAUUGUAAGCUAGAUAUUUGUAACCCUCACUGCAGACUGUCUCAUGGUGGACAAUCCGAUAUAUUUAUAAUCUUGCACUGAUAGCGCUAUACUCCCUUAGUUAUUAGUUUCGUUAAACCUUUCAAUGUUUCGUACUUAGGCUGUUUUCGCCAAUCUCAUUGGUCCUCGGUAAUGUGCAUCCAUAAAGUACAUAAAUUUGCAGUUGUAAUGCUUGUUCUAUAUACAUAGAUUAGAACCAAGAGUCGGCAUAGAACUGCCUUUUUUUUUUUUUUGUUGCUACAUUUGCUAUCAUCUUGUUCUUAUGUGAAAAUUGUGUUCAAAUUUCAAAAUUAUGUUGGAUCAAUAUUCGUUUCAUGCAUUUUG